AUGCUCAUUCUAAGUCAUUAUCAUCAGAAGACAUUCCUUUUCAAGACUUCUUGGCCACUUUUGGAGUUGCAAAAAAAGAUAAAAGAAUGUUUUGAUGACCUUCUUGAAGAUAUUGAACUAGAGUAUAUUCAAAUUGUACCCAAUGGUGCUGAUUACAAAAUUGAUGAUAAUGAAUUUUUAUCUGAAUUGUGGGAUUUGGCUAAGAAAGAUAAUUCCAGGCAUUCGUGUAUAACCUUUGGUGUUGUGACAACUCAACAAGAUUUUUCAUCUUACAAGUCAUUGAGUAAAGUUUUGCGAACAUUUGGAAUAAAUGAUAUUUCAUCAUUAGUAGACAUUCCUCAAUUUACAUUGGGCAAGUAUGAAUAUGACAUAGAAGUUAACAUCGAAAACAAAACAAUAAAAGCACUUUUUAAAGAAAUAAAAAUACGAUUAAAAGCUUGUGGUCCUGUUAUAGGUGGUCAUGCAAAUGAGGCUUUAAGAUCUGAAUUUAUUUCACCAUUUAUGAAUCAUGCUGUGGCAGAGUCUAAAGAAGGUACCAAAUUAAGACCACAAAAGAGAAUUUCUGGCACCUAUGGUAAAGGAUUCGUUGACUAUGCAAUAUGCUAUAAAUCAUCUGUUAUAUGCAUUACGGAGGCUAAAACCAAUGAACUCGAGAUUGGUCUCACCCAAAACCUAAAACAACUACAAGCAGCUGCUCAGAUGAAUAUUAAAAAAUGCAAAUCACCAGAUUCUUCAGAAGCUCUGUAUGGAAUUGUAACUACAGGAGUUGAAUGGCUACCAUCUACACCCAAUAAGCCAAUUAUUCAACUGAAACUAAAACAAUUAUACUCUCAAUUUGCGUUCACAAAAAGAGUAAAGAUUGCUUGUGACAAAGAGAAAGAAAACCAGUAUCAGAGUGACAAUAAUGGAAAUAAAGUCCUGGCUGAGUUGAAAAAUAUAAAGAAUCAUGAUGACCAUAAUGAUCAAAAUCAAGUUGUCGCUUUUUCGAUAGAGGAAAUCAGGAUACAGAUUUUAAGCCCAUAUAUUGCAAAAAACGAAUUUGAAAACACUAUGAUUAAAUAUAUCGGAAAGGUGUUGAUGGACUUACAAUACAUCAAACAAAGACCAAUAAAAGCUGAUAUAGUUGGUGUCCGAUUGUCAGAUAAUCAUCAGGUUAUAUUUUUAGAAAUGAGUGGAGCUCCUACUGAUUUUUUAAAAAAUCAUCCAAUCAGUGAUGCAAAUAAAACACUCCAGGAACGAAUGGACUCCUUAAAUUCUGUUCUCUUAAAUUUCCUUUGCUAUGAUGUUAGGUUUGUAUGGAAAGUUCAUUCUUUAAGUAUUCAAGGAAUAAGUGAGUAUUAUUUUUUGAUUGCUGCUUAA